CCUGCGGUUACUGCUGGCCACGGGCGGGACAACCGGGGCGGCAAGCUGGGAAGAAGAGCCUUUGCCUUGCACUUCCCAACGCGCGUGGGGAGCAGCUUCCUCUGUCCCGCGUUCGGCUCCCAGUCGCGCAGCGCUCAAUUUGGUGCGCUUACCGGUCCUCGCCGCCCUCCCCGCUGCCUUGGCCUCCCAGGCCCCGGACCCUGUGCCCAGGCGUCCCGGCGGAUGUCCUGAGUCGCCACCCGCCAGCUCCGCGCGCCCUGCGGCCACGGCUGCUGGGGGAAGUCGGGGCGCGCUCGCUGGGUAUGCGCCGUCAGCAUGGGCUCGUGGCUCAGCGAGGUGCAGUGGCUCUUCCUGGUGUCGCUCUUCGUCGCGGCCCUGGGCACCGUGGGCCUGUACUUGGCGCAGUGGGCGCUGGCCAAGGCGCGACCCCCGCCCCGGCGGCGGGCGGAGCCGGAUGAGCUAAGGCGCCGGGAGUCGGACACACUCCUUUCCUGGAUACUGACACGAGAUAGCUGGGGGAACCAGUGGCAGGCGGCUUGGGUGACCGCCCUGAACUAUGAGGCCGAAAAGAGAGGGGGUCCACUGCAUCUCUCUUUCCAGAAGGACCCAAGGCCACAAUCCUUGCAGCUGACAGUUGAGAAGGUAUCCAGUGUGGUCAAGUCAAUCCAGGAGAAGGUGGUGAUCUGUCAUGUGGUGGGCGAGACCCUUCAGUUCUUGGUCAGUGCAGGGCCUGCCUCCGCCACAGGCUCAGAGUGCCAGCUGUAUGAUGUCCAUCUUUCCCCAUUUCAUUUAAAGGUGGAAUUCCACAUGGAAGAGAAGAGAGAGGACAUACAAAUCAGGUGGUCUUUCACCCACGUCCCAGAAACAGCCAUCAAGAUCCAGCCCCAGGCCCCAGGGGAGAAGCAGGCGCUCGGGGUAAACAUGCUUUCUGAAGCCCUUGAGGAUCUUUUCAAGCACCUAGUUAAUGCUGCCUCUCCAUCUGUUUUUCUGAGCACCAAACCCACGCAGGUCAAAGAAGCUCAGAUUCUACAGUGCCCUUCCUCCACUGCUCAGGAACCCUGCCCUCCCAAACCUCCAAGGGCUCAUGAACUAAAAUUGCAGGUGAAGAACAUUAGAGUUUCCCUGCUAAACCCCCCUGGUGCUUCAGGCCUUAGCCAUGUGUGCGUGGCUCAGCUGAACGAUCCGGAACAGAGAUUCAUCAGCACCCUAGUGAGAAACACUACUGACCUCAGUUGGGAAGAGGAAUUCACCUUUGAACUGAACGCCAAAUCCAAGGAGCUGGUCCUGCAGAUCUCACAGGAUGGGUGCUCCUCAGAAGGUCUGUUGGGGAUAGCAACCAUUCACCUGGAUCUAUUUAGGAAGCAGCCUAAUGGCCCACAGACCUUCAGACUGAUCAGUGGGACAGAGCCUGACAGCUUGGUGUUGGGCUCAGUCACCGCAGAGUUUUCUUACGUAGAACCUGGGGAGCUGAAAUCCUGGCCAGCUCCUCCCCCUGUUUCUGCUGCAAAGAUAGAAAAGGACCGUACGGUGAUGCCAUGUGGGACUGUGGUCACCACUGUCACUGCUGUGAAGACCAAACCUCGGUUUGACACUGGGAGGGCAACUCCACUGAACUCAGAGUCCCCUGUGAGGACACCCGUCACAGUGAAGGUCAUUGAGAAGGACAUCUCUGUCCAGGCCAUUUCUUGCCACAGUGCCCCCGUCAGUAAGACAUUCUCCUCUUCAGACACGGAACUGUUGGUGCUGAAUGGCUCAGACCCUGUGGCUGAAGUCGCCAUUCGGCAGCUCAGCGAGUCCUCGAAGCUGAAACUCAAGUCCCCACGGAAGAAAAGCACCAUCAUAAUUUCAGGGAUCUCCAAGACCUCACUAUCUCAGGACCACAAUGCUGCCCUCAUGUUGGACUACGCAGCUUCUAUGGACAGCACCAACCAGGGGGAUGCCACGUCUGCUUUGUGCCAUACAGAGGCCACUGAAGCCUCUGCCACCACCCCACCUGAAGAAAAUGAGCCAGCCCAGACCCUACCUGCCCUCAAGCCUAGAGAGAAUGAUCUAGAUUCCUGGGACCUGGAGAAGGAGUCUCCAGUAGCAUCAUGGAGCGGUCCAGCCUUGCAGGAGCCUGACGGGGAUGAACUAUCCGAGAGCUCCCUGAGUACUUCAGAGCUAGGAGCUAUGAAGAAACAUAAAGGAGGACUCCUAAGGAAAGGUGCCAAGCUCUUCUUCCGCCGGCGACACCAACAGAAAGACCCGGGCUUGAGCCAGUCACAUAAUGACCUGGUAUUCCUGCAGCAGCCAGAGGGGAGGCAGAAGAAGGGGGCGACCCUCGGCCGGCUCCUGAACAGAAAGCUGCUUACCAGGCACAGAGGCAAACACACUAUGAAUGGAGUACCCAGAGAGCCCUGCAUAUAGCCCAAGUCACCCCCUGUCCUCACAGUUAGAGGAUGGGGAACAGAAAGGUCUUCACCAGAACAGCAGGAACCAGUACCACCAGAUGCCUGCUUGUCUAUCUUGGUUGUUUUCCCCAAUAAUCUUGUCUUUGAAAGGAACAAAACAAUCUGUGUAUAUGGCUAGGAAGCUUCCCCUGAGAGGACUGAUAACACAGUCCAGUUUGCUACCAGAUACUCCGUGUCUGGCUCCAGCUUCACCAAGCCAUCGAAGCUCUGAGGGGGAACAUAAGAGAGAGACUUGCAUCAUUGAAGCCAUGUGUGAUCUGAUGGACUAUGGAUGGUAGGCAGGAGAGAUCCCAGUCCACCUACUUCUUCCUCUCUCCUGAAGGACUACUGGAGUUUGUGUCUGGACCUUGUCAGGAGGGAGAGGUGUCCCUCUGGGCUGUUGCUAUGAGCAGGAUGGGCUACCUCACCUAACUUGUUUAGAAUUAAAACGUGCACCUAGGCCAGGGGAUAUAGGCAGGAAUUUUGACCCAUGGGGAAAAAAAUAGGAAAAGAUGUGCUUUGACAAGUGUGAGGUAUUCACCUUUGAUAUUAGCCAUAGAAAUUAAAAAUGUAUGCAAAUACUAAGUGUGUUCUAUGCAGAUUGUGCCAGGCACUUCCAGAUUUACUCUAGUCUUCAUGCAAGUGGAGGUGUAGAAAUUCAGAUAUGUUUCUUUGUUUCUUAUGUCUGGGGCUCUGUUUUUUCCCACAGUGCAGACAGCAUGCUGAGCUCAAAUAUGCUGAGGCUGCUAUCAGGAGCAAUGAAUGACAGCUUAUAGGACAUGACAUACAUAUAUAUAUUUCUUGCCAAAUAUAGCUAACAGCCAAAACAAAGAACUUUUAGGGCAACUGAGGAAAUUACUUUGUAUUUCAGGUGCCAGUUAGUCUUAGGUGUAGAAGUUCUAUAACAAUGGGCCAAACUUGCAGGAAUUCUUUUUAUGGGAUCUUCAGAAUUUUACUGUGAACAGAGACUUCUGGUUACAUUUUAGGGUAUUCUGGUUUUGGUUUACUGUGGGAAAAUUAUAAAGUUGGCACCUGGCUUCAGUGUCCCCACAUAAAGUCCAUAAGAUGCUGUCCUAA